AUGUUUAAAACUAAUCCAUUAACAUUAAUAUUUAAAAGAUUUAGGCAUGAAUACUCACCUAGAUUCAAAGAAGUAGAGAAAGCUCAAAAGGGAAGAGUGUCAGUUAGAACUGGUGGAUCUAUAAAAGGUAAUUUUUUAACCCAGGGUAGAUUAGGUUUAAGAUUAAAAUCAAAAGGUAUAAGAUUACAUGCAAAUCAAUUAUUAUCAGUGGAUAAAUUAUUAAGAAGAGAAUUAAGACCAAGUAAAUCCACAUUAUAUACCAGAUUUGUAUGUGAUUUAGCUGUUUGUAUAAAAGGUAAUCAUACAAGAAUGGGUAAAGGUAAAGGUGCAUUUGAUCAUUGGGCAACUAGAGUACCAACAGGUAAAGUAUUAUAUGAAAUAGAUGGACCAAUACAUGAUAAAGUAGCAAGAGAAGCAUUUAGAAAAGCUGCAGAUAAAUUACCCGGAUUAUAUGAAGUUAUAACACCAGAAUCACCAAUUAGAAUAAGUGUGUCAGAUACAAUUGACAAACCAGAACCAAUAGAUUACAAGAGUAAAUUAGAUGAACAACCAAAUAAGAAAUGGUUAAAUCGUCAAUUAUAUGAAUCUGAUCCGAUAUAUAGAAUGUAUUCUGGAAGGUAA